AUGCGAUUCUGGUCCUGGCUUCGGGGAGAGCCCAGAUGCGAAUACUACUACAGAAAACGUCUUGAGGAUAUUGACUACCAAAUUGGCCAUGACACCCCAAGAGACCAAAUAAAGAACUGGUUAAACGAGUACAAUGAAGAGGAAACACUGGGGUUUGCCAUUCUACAGCGCCAGCGUCGUCUAGAGAAUGAGAAACAGACGGCGGGGGCGCAACAACAGCAACAGCAAUUCCGGCGACGACGGUGCAAGCAGUGCCAGUAUCAGAAGGAGAUGUGCAGUGCCUGCCAUGAAGCGAUGCAGACAGAAGAUGUUCCACCGCCCUACUUGAACAGAUCUCCAGAGGAUCUCGAACGCGAUCUGGCCAAGCUGCUCGAAGAGUUUUCGAAGAACAGGACUCGCUUGGGGGCCAUAAGGCAGAAACUUUUAGACAGUAGAAGUUUGUGCGCCAAGCGUGCUAUGAUCCCACGCUGGUAUAGAAAUGACGCUGGCCGGACGUUUAAGUGGGUUGAAGACCGGAGGAAGUGUGCUGAUCGGGGGGGUUGCUGUGGCCGUACCUGUGGAUGCUGCGAAGAGGUUCUGUUGGAAUAUCAACGGCCAAAGUUCUGGGACUCGGGAAAGGUACGCUUCAAGGUGCAUGGUCAUUGCACGGCAGAGUGUGCUUGCUGUAUUCAAUUCUGGGGGUUCUAUAAUCCCCAUCCUGCUCUCCCUGCUAUGUGUUCCUAG